GACGUCACGUAUCGUAUGUCACGUGGUAGGAGUGGGCGGCUCCGAAGCCUGUUUCCGGAAACAUGGAGGCUGUGCUAAGUGAUGUGGUGGCCCCUGAAGACCUUUUAAAAUUUGAGAAGAAGUACAACAGUGAGCUGGCGAAGGGAGCUGUCUCCAAAGAAACAAAGUUUGAAUAUGCUUGGUGUCUGAUCAGGAGCAAAUACACAGAUGACAUCAAGAAGGGGACUGUACUCCUGGGGGAGCUUGUUCAGAAAGCAUCAAAGGACGACUCCCGCGACUUCUUGUUCUACCUUGCAGUGGCCAACUACAGACUCAAAGAAUAUGAAAAAGCUCUGAAAUACAUCCGGACUCUUCUAAGGAACGAGCCGGGGAACAAGCAGGCUCUGGAGAUGGAGAAACUCAUCGACAAGGCUUUGAAAAAAGAUGGCUUGGUCGGCAUGGCGAUCGUCGGGGGAAUCGGUCUCGGUGUGGCCGGCUUAGCGGGCCUCAUCGGCUUGGCGGUGUCGAAGGGAGCUGCCAAAUCCUAACCUGGACAUGAGACGGCGUGUCUUCAUUUUGCUGGACUGAUACACUGAUACACCCUCUCCCCGCAUAAUACAUUUAAACGCUGUGGAGAAAGCUUGAAGGAUGGAACAUUUUGAAGUUUAAUAAGUACUGCUACACAUUAAAGGGUUUGAAUAAUGCCAGUGAAUAACCUGUUUGCAUAUUUUAACAGGGUUGAGAUUCACCAUACAUACGACAUUACUCUGUUGUCUAGUCACAAACUAAAGCAUGGCACUUUCUCUGUAUUUGUGUAAAUAAUAACAAUAGACAAGGUGCAGCCGACUUUUAUGUAAUUUCUUAGUUAUUAUGCACCUCAGCCUAAACUUUCUAAGUUGACAUUUACAUUUUGUAAAAAAAAAUAUCUUUCUGAAAGUGCAGUUGUGGUUCUGUAAAUGUCUGUUUAAUUAUUUUUGCCAUUAAGAAAACACAUUGUUGAGGAAAGUGUUAUUGGUGCAGUGGGACGUGUAGCUUGUAACGCCAGAAAGCAACAGUGUGUAGUUUGUUUGCUGGUGAAGUUGGAGUGACUCUGCUGUAAGAAGUACUGUACGUCCAGCUGUGAAGGCCACAACCACGCAGAGAAAUUUAAUUUUGGACACGAGGUUUCUUUGUAUUUGUGCUGAUUGUAAGUUGAAAGUAAGGAAGGGAACACACUUAUUGGGAAUUAAUACAUUCACAUGUCAUGUGAGGCGCAUUUCUGAACACUUACCUGUGCUACAUUUAAUGGGCUGUGUUUUCCAUAUUGUUAAAUAAAAUGAUUUUGAGCUGACAGGAAA